AUGCCAAUAGGACAGGAGAAGUUUGUUGUCAUCGGAGACCUCGAAGGUUGGGGAUAUUCUAACAGUGAUAUUCGUGCAUACCUUGGGGCUCUAACCAUUUUGCAGGAUUACUACCCAGAGAGACUUGGGAAAUUGCUUAUCGUCCAUGUGCCUUACAUAUUUAUGACAGUAUGGAAAAUUGUCUACCCCUUCAUCGACAACAAUACCAAGAAAAAGAUUGUGUUUGUGGAAAAUAAACGACUGAAAUCAACUUUGCUCAAAGACAUCGACGAGAGCCAACUUCCAGAAAUUUAUGGAGGCAAAAUGGCAUUGAGAAGAAACAAGAACAUGAGCACCACAGCACUAGCUUCUAAUAUAAUUUCCUGGGAAAUGAAUAACACUGCAUAUUUGUCUCCGCCCACGAGGGUCCUCCGUUUGGGUGCUAAUGAUGUUGAUCUACGUAGUUACCGCAUGUCACAGCUUACCAUCGACCUGGUCGGAGCAUGGUCAAGAAGAGGAUCAGCUCCUAAAAAUUUAGAGCACAUCCAAAAGAGGUGCAAUUUUUAUAAUAGGAACAAAGACAGCGUCCAGAAAAAGGACCCCAGCACUACAACCCAACGCAAUAUGAAAGCAUUUCCUAGAAACAAAUUCGUGGAGGGUCCAAAAUGGCUUCCCAUUGAGAGCCAACAUCAUGGAGGUGCAAAUUUGCAUAGAGGAGUUCCCCAAAACAAUGGAAGAUUCCAAGAAGUGUCACGAAUGUUUAACUGAAAUUCUGCAUUCAACGUUAGGAUGCACUUCCACCAUGUUUGAAGGUGAAAAAAUUAUAGAAUUUGUCAAUAUGCUUUGCUUAGUCCAAAAGCAGUAUUCAUGAGCAGAAAUGACCGAAGAAAUAUCUCUAGCAAACCUUUGUAGUUGCAUGCUCAACAAAGGUCAAUUUAAAAUGCUCAAAGCCUCAGACGAAAACUAAAUUAGCAAGGAGGGACAUCCUCCGAAAAAUUUAGUAACUUGUUCUGCUAGAAUAAAGUCAUCCUCAGAUCAGCCUUAUCUUAUUGACAAUCAACAACACGUUCUCACCUUAAGAAAAUGUCAACUUGAAACCUUCAGGAUGGUUUAUGGUGUAUCUCUUCACAAUUGCCAGCAAUUUGAUAAUGCAAACAUGAUUUAAGGGAGCCACUUUUUAAGUUCUUCAUCUAGCUGACUCCUUCAUGUUACCUAGGGAGUAGGGACACAACCUCGAGCUGUCGACAAUGUUAGAAACUCAAUGUCCUCUUCAUCAGGCAGUUGAUGAAAGCCAUUUCCCCUUGCCACUUGAGAGACGCAGGCACCCACAACCACUUCCGGAGAUGACAGCUUAAAGGAGACGAGGACAAUAACAUGCUUGCCAUUAGACGUGUUCAGCACAAUUGAGGAUCAAGAGACAACCUGUUGUUUGUCAGUAUAAAGUAGGCUAUGUGCACUUGCUGCAAUUACAAGGGGGUAAAUGGUCCAUAGUUGCACUACCAGUAUCCGAUUUUGGAAGUUCUUUAAAGCCCCCAACUGCUAGGAGGUC